GUGUGCCUGGUUGGGGUACGACUCAUGUGGACAAGGGACGAAGAGCAUCACACUUGGGUCGAGUACUUAGAGUUGUUGAUCAUCCAGGCUUGGAGAACGGACGUGGAGGGCAAUCUUCUCGGAUUCCUGUUCGGAUCGGUGCAGCCCGACCAUCGCCAACUGAUCGUGCAGGAGCUCACAAUUCCUCUCGCGCAGUUGGUUGAUGAUCUCCCCCUUGAGAUCGUCUCCCAGAGCGACGAGAGCCCGGUUCCGCACGUCCUCGCACGAACGUUGACGCCGUACCUUCUGUGGUCGGCGUGCUUGGAGGAGCCGAGAAGCGACCGCAACCCGCCAUUGCAGCGGGGAUAUCUAGACUCACGGGAGAUAAUCGACCCCGCUUUCUUCCAGGAUCGAACGGCCUCUGAAGAUGAGGAGUUAGCAAUCGAAGAAGAAGAAGAAGAAGAAGAAGAAGAAGAAGAAGAAGAAGAAGAAGAAGAAGAAGAAGCUGUUGAGGCGGACGACGAGGAAGAGACACCGGAGGAGGGGAGUUAUAGCGAACACAGCAAAGGAGAGCAGAGUGAGGAGGAAGAAGACGAAGAGCUAGAGCUGGAAGAAUCUGAGUGGGAGAUCUCGACGGAGGAGGCGGAGCAAACGGACGCUCAAGCAAAGCACCCCAAGGCGGCGCGCAAAAGAGAGGACAUCGCGGCCGGAAAGCGACACCUGGAAUUCGCCAGCGGAGCAAAUCUGCAGAUCGCCGACGAUCCGGCCCGAGAUCUAGAGUCGCCCAAGCCCGCAGAUGGAGAUCCAGCGGCCGAGACUUCGAGCACACCAGCAAGGCGGCGACGAAGCCAAUCACCCUCCCCCUCCACCUCCGACCGUCCAUCAGUUCGAGCCCAUACUGAUGCGGGCCAUCGGGCUUCGUCCCCGGUCGUUAUCCCGUCGUCCCCUUGACCAUCUCACCCUCCGCCAAAUCACCACCCGUGUCAUAUUCCCCCGUAAC